AUGUCCAGAUACCAGGUAAAACAACAUUUUACUUGCGCGUAUUUGUUAAUUGUAAUCGAAGGAACCUGAUAAUUGGUUUGGCUGUUGAUGAUCAUGGAAAAGCGUUCAGCUCUGCAUUGUUGAAUCGGGUGGAUCCCACUAUUUCAAAAUGUUUCGCUUGUGAUGGAUGAUGAACUAAUUAACUUAGUUGCAUCGGGUCGGUUAAGUACACCGGGGAUUGUAAAUAUAAAAUAGUGUCAACCGAAGUAGCCUAAUAUGUCUUAUCGGAUGAAAUGAACACUUUCUGAACUAGCCAUUGUGGGGUUGGACUGAUCGGGCGAGCUAAUGACAGCGAAGCUAACCCAACCCUAUUUCACUACAUUCAUUGCCUUUGCUAAAGUGUUACAACCCAUAAAACAUCACUAUAGCCUAGGCCUAGAAAAAGAGAAUGUAUUUUGAGUGUAUAUUCAGCAGGCUAUUCAGUUUCAUAUACUUUACAUACAUUUAUGUGUUUGUAUUUAUUUAUAAACAAUGACGUUGUGAGGGAAAUCAUACAGUAAUGUAGGGCAGGCUUAGCCUCGUACGAACCAUCCUGAUGUCGCGAGCUCACAAGUUCGUACGAGGGAGGCUAGGGGAGGUUGGCUUGAUAAAGGAGAAUGAGGCAGGUUGGCAGUUAUGAAGGUGAUGUGGCCUUGCAUGCUAUGGCCACGUCCUGACUGCACUGGCCAAUAUUGUACAGAUGUCCGUUUAGAUAUUUGCUUGGGGCAUGUGGAUGUUGUCUUUACACAGUCGCUGUCGUUACCUUUUUUUAAAUGUCUGUAUCUGUCUGGCUAUUUGAGGGUUAGGAAUUCCCCAAGAAUGUUGACACUGAAGCUUCCUGCAAGCGCUGAGUGCAUUGGCAAUAACCCGUCAUCAGUCCAGUACACCAGCUUGGCUCAGACCCACAUACAGUAUACAGUAGAUGUAACAAAAAUUUUCCCCCUCUCCAAAUACAAACUUGUAGUAUCAUCAUGCUGACUUGCCAUCACUGUCAUUACACCACUUUACUUUAUCAUGCAGCUAUCUUAUUAUGCCAAUUGUAUCCAAGGUCAAAUUAGUUUGAUAUUGGAUAUUCGGUUGCUAUUCGGUUUUCUCUCCUCAAUAGCUCUUACACAAAGUGUGCCAUGACUAUGAAAAUGAUAUAUAUUCCGAAUCAGGGGAGGAUGGACAAAAAUUCCCUGUUUUUUUUUUCUAUAGAUUUCUUUGUUGUUUUGCUUUCCGUCUUCAAUAGCUCUUUCUGUUAAAGAACAGGUUGUUGGGGUGGGAGGAGGGUGAUUAAUGGACGACCCAUUCACUCUGGCUGCUACACCGCAUGCAGUGAUUAGGUCCACCUGCUAAUCAACUCAGCAUUUAGAACCAGAGAGUAGAACAUUGUGUGUGGUUUGUUUGUAUGUCUGUCAAUGAUAUUUCUCCUUGUAAUUUAUUUUUAGAUUUUUAGAUUUCACCUUUAUUUAACCAGGUAGGCCAGUUGAGAACAAGUUCUCAUUUACAACUGCGACCUGGUCAAGAUAAAGCAAAGCAGUGCGAUUAAAAACAACAACAACACAGAGUUACACAUGGGAUAAACAAAACAUACAGUCAAUAACACAAUAGAAAAUCUAUAUACAGUGUGUGCAAAUGUAGUAAAUCAUGGUGGUAAAGCAAAAAAUAGGCAAUAGUGCAAAAUAUUUACAAUGUAGUAUUAACACUGGAGUGAUAUAUGUGCAGAAGAUGAUGUGCAAAUAGAGAUACUGGGGUGCAAAUGAGCAAAAUAAAUAACAAUAUGGGGAUGAGGUAGUUGGGUGGGCUAAUUACAGAUAGGCUGUGUGCAGGUGCAGUGAUCGGUAAGGUGCAGUAAUCCUUCACAGCUCGCUCAUAUAUUCGGUGCGGUAUUGUCGUCGGCUGUUUCUGUAUGGAACGUUCCAUGGAUUUCACCACUACACCCUGUCGUUCUCCGCUAACAUCAAAGCUGUGACCCGAUCCUGCAGGUUCAUGCUCUACAACAUUCGCAGAGUACGACCCUACUUUACACAGAAAGCGGCACAGGUCCUAAUCCAGGCACUUGUCAUCUCCCGUCUGGAUUACUGCAACUCGCUGUUGGCUGGGCUCCCUGCUUGUGCCAUUAAACCCCUACAACUUAUCAAGAACGCUGCAGCCCGUCUGGUGUUCAACCUUCCCAAGUUCUCUCAUGUCACCCCACUCCUCCGCACACUCCACUGGCUUCCAGUUGAGGCUCGCAUCUACUACAAGACCAUGGUGCUUGCCUACAGAGCAGUGAGGGGAACGGCACCUCCUUACCUUCAGGCUCUGAUCAGACCCUACACCCAAACGAGGGCACUACGUUCAUCCACCUCUGGCCUGCUAGCUCCCCUACCUCUACAGAAGCACAGUUCCCGCUCAGCCCAGUCAAAGCUAUUCGCUGCUCUGGCACCCCAAUGGUGGAACAAGCUCCCCCACGACGCCAGGACAGCGGAGUCACUGACCACCUUCCGGAGACACUUGAAACCCUACCUCUUUAAGGAAUACCUGGAAUAGUAUAAAGUAAUCCUUCUUCACCCACCCCCCAUAAAAAAAAAAAAUUGGUGGUUGUCCCACUGGCUAUCAUAAGUUGAAUUAACCAAUUUGUAAGUUGCUCUGGAUAAGAGUGUCUGCUAAAUAAUGUAAAUGUAUUCCAAAACUCCUGAAACCAACAUCCUACGCAGGAUUUCUGACUAGACUCCGUCAAAUUGUAAUCAUACUAUACUCCAGCUGAUGUUGGUUUCAGGCGUUUAGGAAUGUUUGUACUUUUCUUACCCCCAAAAAACAAACAUGGAUUUUUGUCCAUCCUCCCCCGCAAUAAGGCCAGAGGAGGUGUGGUAUAUGGCCAGUAUACCACAGCUAAGGGCUGUUCUUAAUCACGACGCAAUGCGGAGUGCCUGGAUACAGCCAUUAGCUGUGGUAUAUUGGCCAUAUGCCACAAACCCACAAGGUGCUUUCAGCCAAUCAGCAUUUUGGGGCUCAAACUCCCAGUUUAUAAUAUAGAAUUUAUAAUUUUCAUAGUCAUGGAACGCUUUGUGUAAGAGCUAUUGAAGAUUGAAAUCCAUAAUUGUAUUAUAAAAAAGUGUGGACUUUUCUACAUCCACCCCUGAUUAAGAUAAUACCAACUUCAUAGUCAUUGCAUGCUUGGUUCAAUAGCUAUUGUCGAGAGAACCAAAUAUCCACAGAAUAUCCAAUAUAAAACUAAUUUUACCUUGGUGCCAAAUAUGUGUAUGUCCAUUACUGACAAGUGCGGGCAAGAUUAGAUUCAUUGAACGUGAAUGAGUCAUCAUUGCACAAUGUAGUGUUUGUGUUUUACUUUAUUGUUCUGCUUCUAGUCCCAAAUGUGAGCAUACUUCCAGUUGGUCCAUUAAUGUGUGCCAGGUAUGUGGUAGUGCCACUUCUGGUCUCUCAGCUUCACCUGUCGUCUCAAGUGUACACUUGUACACUAAAUGCACUAGAUUCCAAUUAACUGUGAUAAGACUAGCUGUAUGCUUUCAGUCUUUCAAUAACAAAGUUAUGCCAUGCAUAAUGCUACAUUCCAAUCAGUUGAUCAGUCUUGGCUCAACCCAUAAGCAAUGUUACAGUAAUGUGAUAAUAAUAUGCUGGAAUACCUUUUUUUAGUGAGCAGUUGGAACUUCUAAACUCCACCCUUCUUUCACUUUGACAUGUUACCUUUGACUGAAUAAGCAUAUAGAACAGAUAAAAACAGCAGUGUCUCGUUUUCACACACAUGACCUUUGACCUAUUUAGCAGGGUACCAUAAACCCACUUACUGUAAGUAUAUAAACAUGACCUCAAUUUACUAACCCCAUUCUCAGUAAACACAACCCCCCCCUUCCCCUCUGUUUUGUUUAUCCAUCCCUGCUCUUUGUCUCUGUGGCCAGGUCUCUAUGGCAACGAGGGGGUCCUGCCUGUGCGCCUGGUUGAGCCCCGUGUGGACGGCUCCAGGCCAGUGUUGGAGCAGAUACAUGCUCACCCCUCCCUGCUGUGGCUGGGGUCCCCGGCUGGGUCUGGACCUGGAUGCCCAGCAGGCCAUGGAGCUGCUCUGCCUGGCGGGGGCGCUCUUAGCCCUGGGAGCAGCUCUGCUGGAGCCCCUCCGAGACAGCCUGGUGUUCUUCUGCCUCUGGGCCCUCUACCUCUCCCUCUGUCAGGUCGGUGGGUGGGGGUGGUUGUCUUUCUGUCUGCCAUUGGUUUGGUUAGAUACUGUACCGUAAAUAAAUGAUACAGUAAAUUAAUCGACAUAUUUUUCUCUUGACAGGUGGGUCAAGACUUUCUGCGUUUUCAGUGGUAAGUGAUCUGUUCUCUGACUACUCUCGUAUGGGCUGAAUUGAUAGCGCGUAACAGGCUGCAAAGCUCUGAGACUUUGAAACUAAAAGUAUUUUGUUUACUAAAGUGUUAUGGCUGAAGGCAAAUUCUACUGGGUCUGGGUGACAUCAUUUUGUUAUCAGCCAUGGAUUUUACUGCAAGAGCAUCAGUGUCAGACGAGAAACCGCUAUUGGAACCAUUUGCCAGUCAACUUCACUAUCGACUCUUCAUAAUUCUGUGUUGAUUACAUAUUACAACCUGCAGUACAGUGCACCUGUUGUCUAUCUUGAGAAUAGAAAAGAUGUUGAAAGUGUUUAUGCAUAUGUAUCAGUCUUAGACAUCAUGCAUAUGGUUAUAGGGGUAGGCAGACUUUGCAUUGAAGGACAUCUAUCACACAUGUAAUAUGGUUUCAGAGUAAUUGACUUUUAGCUAAGCUUUUAGAUGUGCUAGAAUUGCAACACAGUUACUUCUGAUAUCUAAUUGUAGCAAAGCAAGAUGGUGUAAGGCCAGGGCCGGCCCGCCCAUUAGGCAGGAUUAGGCGGCCACCUAUGGCGGCAGAUUGACUAGGGCAGCAUUUACCGAGCUUAACUGACCAAGACGCACCUCCAACAACACAUAACACCUCACAUAACAAUGACAAUUUCUUUCAACCAGAGGCAUGUGGGCUUUUUAGGUGAGCUCUGAUGCCGCCCUGUGAUUAGCAGUGCCCACUUUGUCAAAGGCAAUGGAGCAAAAUAUUUUACUGGUUCAUUCCCAACGCGCCUCUCCAGGGUGCUGUUGGAGAGCUGCAUCCACCAACGUUCCGUCAAAAAAUGAUCGGACAUAAAUAAUGUAGCAGAUAUAGGGUAUGGUAGAACGAGUAUGCAGCCUUUUCUGUAGCCUACAGGCUGGAGAUAAAUGUAUGACAAUGUAUUGAGACGGACACUUUUUACAUCAUGCACGUUUCUCCAAUCAAAUAGCUUAACGUAAAUGGUGCCCAAUCAAAUUAAAAGGCAGGGCAGCAGGUAGCCUAGCGGUAAAGAGCAUUGGGCCAGUAACCGAAAGGUCGCUGGUUCAAAGCCCCAGAACCGACUAGGUGAAAGAUCUGUCGGUGCCCUUGAACAAGGCACUUAACCCUAAUUGCUUCUGUAAGUCACUCUGGAUAAGAGCGUCUGCUAAAUGACUAAGUUAAAUGUAAAAUGCUCUGACAUGUUAGCGAACACCAUAUCCAAAAAACAGGACAGGUCAAAGUCAAAUGGACAAUAUCGACAACGUGGCUACCCACAAUUGCUGUCCAGGAGUUUCACCCCAUGGGCUAAAUUGUCAUGAUCAGUGGUUUCAAGUUUGUAACUGUACAUUUUUGACGAACUGAUCAUAGCGAAAAUGAAAAUACUUCUCCAUUUCCCACUGUGUAAAUGCAUUGAUUCUCAUUGUAAAUAGGCUCAGGAUAACUCCUGAUAAAGUUGGGUAGCUGAUAUUCAGAGCUUAAAUAGCCAAAUUAAUUAGUCACAGGAAUCAGGACUAAUAAAGCCAAUACAACUGCCUAUUUUACAAACGGUAGGUCUACCACUUAGAUGGGCAUUCAUAAAAUUCAAUUUUGGGCCACUCUGUAGGCUACACCCCAGUAAGCACGGACCGACGUCUUCUUUUGGUCCAAACAUAGUCGUCUAUGAAUGACGUCUUUUUAACUUUCAUUCAGAACCGAAAAUGAACCUGAUUUCAACGUCCGGAAAAUAUGUAUUUUUCAAAGGCCGGAAAAUACGUAUUUUAUUUAACGUCUGGUAAAGACAUAUUUUAGACGUCUUUUCAACGUCAUUUUGCUUACUGGGACUAUUCUAGUUUUGCAGGGAUAUAGGAGGGAUUUGUUUUUUGUCUCGCCUAGGGCGGCAGAACAGCAAGGACCGGGCCUGUGUAAGGCAGUGGUUUCCACAGCAACAGCAAUUGCAUUGAGUGGUAAAUAGAUAAUAAAUAGUUGCCAGGUUGUGUUUUUAUGAGUAGUCGGGUGUGGGUGUGUCUGAACUGUUUAUAGUUAGGUGGAUAUCCCCUAAGGCACACCAUUUGGUUCUGCAUGAAGAGAAUGCCAACCUACAACCAGUUUUAAGAUGCACAGCUACCAGUAUGUUGUUUUACCAUCUCAGUGCCUCUGGCUCUAACGGCAUUGAUUUCCUGAAAGGCAGCGUCAUUGGAUUUGAAGCUCAGUGAAUAUUUACUGUAUUCCACUGUUUUGAGCAGGAAUUUAAUGUAGCCUUCUGGUGCAGGAAUUAAGUGAAAUGUAAUCUGUUGAUUGUAUUUGAUUUAAUACAUUUCAACUGUAAUUUCUUUGAGACCUGAGACUUUGGGUUGUUGGAGGGAUUUCAGUGCCAUACACAUUAUAGUUAUGUGAGGAGGAGAUGGGAUUUUUGUAAAGGAGAGUAGAAUUUGAUUAUUAAUGUCUCAUUUGAUUCCCUUCCAUAGGGACAGUCUGCUGUUGGAGGCGGGCUUCCUGACCGUGCUCGUCGCUCCGCUCAACCUCCUGCGGUGGCGCUCGGCGUUCCGUCAGCAUGACACCGUAACCUUCUGGCUGGCGCGCUGGCUCCUGUUCCGCCUCACUUUUUGCUCCGGGGUCGCCAAGCUGGCCAGCCACUGCCCCAGCUGGUGGGGACUCACUGGUGAGACGGGAGAAGCACUUAUGACACACAACUGUAUUGUUCAAUGUAGUCUGUUGGGACAUUGGGCUGAAAUUGGGACUCCUGCUCCCAAUGUCAGACCAGUGCAAUGUCAGACCAGUGUCCCAACAGACUCCCAAUGAGUUGCAGUCCCGAAGCUAUGUUCAAUGGUACAAGUAAUAGUGAUACACACUGGCCAUAAUCAACCAAAUAAAUUAGUUUUAUCCUAUGAUUGAAGUCAAGUAUGUGCUAAAUCGGCUCCAUUUACCGCUCAAAGCUUGAAUAGUCACUAUUAUCUGAGUAAUGAUAACAUUGCUCAUGCUGGUAGAUGUAUUAAUAAUGACAAUGAAGAAGGAAGGCAUGUACUUGGCUUGCCUAUGAUUGUACAGUGUGCAUCAUGUAAGGGGUAUGUACCUCACCCACCAGCAGUAUGCUCAUUAGCUCCCAUGAUGAUGAUGAGGAUGUUUCAUGCCUGGAGCCUCACUACACAUCAGUCGCAGUUCAGGAAAAGUGUCAGAGAUUAGCGAUUAGUAAAACGUGUGAUCUCAAAAAAGGUUAUGUGAGGUGCAGUGUUAUGGAUCAAUCUUUACUCAUCCAUGUCUCAUAUCCUUCCUCCCCUCUGUCACCCCAUCAACCCCCUCCCUCUCCCCAGCGGUGAACCACAUGUUUGAGGCCCAGGGCAUCCCCUCCCCCCUGUCCUGGUUCAUCCAGCAGUUGCCAGACUGGUACCUGAAGCUGGGGACUAUCGGGCUGUUGGUGACAGAGAUUGCUGUGCCCCUCCUCUACUUUGCCCCCAUCCGCCGCCUCAGACUGGCAGCGUUCUACACUCAGGUGUGUGUGUGGUUACACCAGCAGCUGCUAAACAUGAGCAUGUCAAAUGUCUGAGAAAGGAUAGAACACACUGAAAUAUAGGCUUCCAGUUUGUUUUCAAAGUUUCUGCCUAAAUCGCUAUCAACUCUUGAGGUCUGGCUGAGAGAGGAGAGUUUUGAUGGUGAAUGAAUGACAUCUAACUAGACACAUGUCUAAGGGAUUUUGAAUGUUGCAGGAUUGCGACCCCACCCAUGUAAUUUGCAUGAUGCCUUUAUCUAACUAUACCUACCUACUUCUCUCUGUCACUGAUAACUAGGCAGCGUACCAGGUGACGUUAAUGUUCUUGGGGAACUAUGGCUUCCUCCCCCUCCUCUCCCUGGCUCUGACUUUCUCUCUGUUGGACGACGACCAUAUCAGCUACUGGCUGGGCCACGGCAAGAGGAAGUAUGCCAAGAGUAUGACCUCACUUCUCUUCUUACGCAACCUUCACAUCUCACAUUUAACACCAGAGUAGACGUUCAGGCCUGCUUUCUCCCUGAUACAGCAUUAUCCACACCCAGUAUGGUAUUUAAUCUGGUGGAAGUUACUAUAAAACACAAAGGCUGUUACAGUAAUUAUCAGCUUCCGUUUCUUUCUUUUCCUAUUGUGCCUCUCCAGUUGGCCAACAUUGACAUUACACAGUGAGGGGUGCAUUGCUGAGUGCAUACCAGCAAAACACUGGUUCAGUUCCUAUGGGUGUCCUUGAGUCUUGAUGGCAGGGUUGGAAAGAGAGAGGUCUGAUCUGGCAGGAUGUCAGGUGUCAUCCUGUUUAAACAAAAUACAUCAUAGAAGUACUUAACAUUCCUAAUGUCCUAAUGGGUAACCCCUUAACUUACAAAAUACAUGUUUAGUAGCUGGACAAAAACAAAUUAUGGGCCUCUGUUUGUGAUACUAAAAGUACCUAACCUAAUAACGUUUUGUUUUUUUUUUUUUUUGCAGCCUGGGACCCAAACAAUAAUGUCAUUGAUGGUGUUGCUGGUUGAACUGGCUGUAUUUGCUGUCAUCAUCUAUGGAACUAAAGUGUUCUUCACACUGGCGAUUGACUGGGAGACCAAGACUAUGACCUCCAAAACCGGUAGGUUAACAUCUAUAUAAAGUGCAUUUGGAAAGUAUCAGGACUUUUUCCACAUUUUGAUACGUUACAGCCUUAUUCUAAAAUGUAUUAAGUCAUCCCCCUCCCCCUUAUCAAUCUACACACAAUACCCCAUAAUGACAAAGCAAAAACAGGUUGUAUUUUUUUUGUGUGCAAAUUAAAAAAAUAUAUAAAAACUAUAAUAUCGCAUUUUACAUAAGUAUUCAGACCCUUUACUAAGUACUUUGUUGAAGCACCUUUGGCAGCCUCGAGUCUUCUUGGGUAUACACCUGUAUUUGGGAGUUUCUCCCAUUCUUCUCUGAAAUCCUCUCAAGCUCUGUCAGGCUGGAUGGGAAGUGUUGCUGCACAGCUAUUUUCUGGUCUCUCCAGAGAUGUUCGAUCGGGUUCAAGUCCGGGCUCUGGCUGGGCCACUCAAGGACAUUCAGAGACUUGUCCGAAGCCACUCCUUCGUUGUCUUGGCUGUGUGCUUAGGGUCGUUGGGCUGUUGGAAGUUGAACCUUCGCCCCAGUCUGAGGUCCUGAGUGCUCUGGAGCAGCUUUUCAUCAAGGAUCUCUCUGUACUUUGCUCCGUUAAUCUUUGCCUCGAUCCUGAUUAGUCUCCCAGUCCCUGCCACUGAAAAACAUCCCCACAGCAUGAUUCUGCCACCACCAUGCUUCACCAUAGGGAUGGUGCCAGGUUUUCUCCAGAUUCCAAUCAAGUUGUAGAAACAUCUAAAUUGAUGAUCAAUGGAAACGGGAUGUACCUGAGCUCAAUUUCGAGUCUCAUAGCAAAGGGUCUGAAUACUUAUGUAAAUAAGGUAUUUCUGUUUUUUCUGUUGAAAAAAUUUGCAAAAAAAUUAUAACCUGUUUUCGCUUUGUCAUUAUGGGGUAUUGUGUGUAGAUUGCUGAGGAUUUUUAUUUAAUCAAUUUUAGAAUACGGCUGUAAUGUAACAAAAUGGAAAAAGUCAAGGGGUCUGAUAACUUUCCGAAGACACUGUAAUACUGUAUACCUAGUGACUCAGUAGGUUAACAUCUAUAUAAUACUGUAUACCUAGUGACCCAGUAGGUUAACAUCUAUAUAAUACUGUAUACCUAGUGACUCAGUAGGUUAACAUCUAUAUAAUACUGUAUACCUAGUGACUCAGUAGGUUAACAUCUAUAUAAUACUGUAUACCUAGUGACUCAGUAGGUUAACAUCUAUAUAAUACUGUAUACCUAGUGACCCGGUAGGUUAACAUCUGUAUAAUACUGUAUACCUUGUGACCCAGUAGUGUUGCUUUGCUUUAUUUUAUUUCCUGUAGGAUGUCAAUCAUUGAUGAUACAUUAUGUUAAUAGUUAAGUGAUUUGUUUAAUGUAUUAUUUGUCUUUUUUUGUAGCCUUCACCCAGCAACAGUUUGGCAAUUGGUUGAAGCUUGUGACAGGGCCCACUAUCUGGGUAGGAGUUCUCUCUCUCACCUGGGAGGUGGUGGCAGCCAUGCUGGGGUGAGUAGACCGAUUUCAUACUAAAACAGUAUCUGGAAUUAAGUUUGUGAUUCAAAGAUGGUGGUAAUUCUUAGGGCCAGGAGUUUUUCAAUAACGAAACAGAUCUAGUUCCACUUUGUUGCAUUUGCUGACCCCAGAACAGUGGUCUGCCCGGUGCAGUGUGAGUCAUCCUUGUUUUGCGUUUAAUGUCCACUGAUAUCUUUGUUUCCUCCCCACAGGUGUGUGUGUGUUAGAGGGUGCCUCUGGAAGCUCUGGGGUCUCAUCCAAUGGGCUUUCUUUGCCUCUGCUGCAGUCACCAUGUUUGCUAUCAGUGUGGUGAGUCACACUUGUCAAUCACACUGGGAGCCUUCUGAUUGGUUGUUAACUUGAAAAUAUUUUUUUAUUUCAUGCUUGCAUUCAUCUACUGAGUAAAACCCAUCUAAUUACUCUAAGUCAGUGUUAUGUGUAAUAGUGAAUCAUUUGAAUGAAUACAGCAUAAAUCUACCUAAUAGGUCUGUUGGAGUUACUAUUGAUCUAUUAGUUAGCACUGUUUUAUAAGAUUCUCUCUGAUUGGUUAUGGUGUUGUCCUCCUCCCCAGGUGCCCUACUCGUCCAUGGAGCAGGUGUACAGCAGUAAGAUCCUACCGGAGGUGAGACAGGCCUACAGCCUAGUGGAGCGCUACAGACUGGUCAGUGCCUAUAGCCUGGACAGCAGGAUGACUGGGGUGGACGGGAGGUCAGAGGUCGUCCUAGAGGGCAGCAUGGACAAGUACACCUGGAAGGUAAGAGAGUGGGGACCAAAAUAAUAGUUAUGGAUGAAAAGUUUUCAGUUUAGUUAUUUUUUCUCAGAUUUCACAAUAUUAGACAUGGAAUGUCCUCAAUCACAUUAUCGUCCUCAACUACUUGACUUUUAUAAAGUAACAAAAUGUUAUAUAGUUCUGCAAAAGGUGUAUCAUGUGUUUCAAUGCACCUUUCCCCAUUGGCCCUCCUAGGAGAUAGAGUUCAUGUACAAGCCGGGGAACGUGGGCGUGGCCCCUCCAGUGGUGGCCCCUCACCAGCCACGGUUAGACUGGCAGAUGAGCCUCGCAGCCCAAGGGACUAGCCAAACAGAACCCCUGGUUUACAAGCCUAGUGCACUGCCUACUGCAGGGCAAUAAGGAUGGUAUGUACUGCACUCUGGGAGAAUUACUUCUAUUUUUCAAUUAAAGUAUAGACCACAGACAUCUUUGUUUUAAUAUGAGGAAAGAGCAGGUUGCAUCUGGCAGACUACUUGUAUUUUGGCUCUUGGUGGAUGUUUUAAGGCCUGUGGUCUUAUCUAGGAUCAGGUCCCCCCUGUCCAUUUCAUCUUAUUGAUUAUGAUCUUAAAGGCAAAACUGAUCCUAGAUCAGCACUCCUUCUCUGAGAUGCUUUAUGAAUACGGGCCCAGAAAUCCAGUGGUAUGCGCCUGAAAUGUAAAACAGUGUGAGUGUGCAAGAUUUACUCACAUUUACACACAGCAUGUAGGUAUGACCACAUACCUACAUGCUGCACUACAUUGCUCACACAUGAAUCUCUAUCUCUCCCAGUGGUGAGACUGAUCCAGACAGACUCAGCCCAAUACCCAUUCAGCCAGGCCCCCCCGGUAUACCUCCGAGCCAGCCUCUACAAGUACUGGUUCACCCAGACCACACAGGACGGGUGAGCAGCCUACAACAUCCAUUAUAGUAGUGGGUGUGCUGGGGAGAGAGUGGUAAUGGGUUAAUGGAUUAACCCAUGAAUUCCUUAGAUGAUUCAUUCAUAAAAUCAGUUAAGAUAUACAGUGAACUUAAAUAUUCACUAUAUUAAGAAAUGUUAUUCACAAAAUACCCACAAAAUGUACAUUAUGGUAUACUUACAGUAUGCUAAUCGUCAGAAUUCGAUACAGCCACUUGAUACAGGUAUUCAACUAGACACAAAUGAAAUCAUUUUCCUAUGGUACAGAGUGGUCCGUAUUGGUUGUGUGCCCUGUCAGGUCUAUUCCUAAUGAGUGGUGGAGGAGAGACUAUGCGGAGGAGUUCUAUCCUGCAGUGCAGCUGGGUGACCCUAUCCUGGAGGGCAUGCUCAGUCAGCACGGACUCAAGGUAGCUAAGCCUUUUUGCCCAACUGGGUUACAUUGUCACUUUGUAUUGUGCUAAUAAUAUCUGUACUGUGGCUUAUGAUGAUUGCCCCUCAACUCCAGAAGUGGUGCUGUGUUGGCUAUAUGGAAUUCACGCUCCCCUCUGCUCUUUCAUCUGUCACAUGACUAGCGUGUGUGUGGAGGUGGUGCAUACUAGUGUGUGUGUGUGCUGUGUUGGCAGGCGUACCAAAUCUGAUUUCUCAGACCUGCAUACCAACAACACUUUGUUGUGUAUGUACAUGUGCUUAUAUAUUAUCUUAUGUGCAGGAGAAGUUCCCGAUCCAGCCCAGUCCUGACUCUCCUCUGGCCCAGGCUCUGAGGCAGGUGCGGGGCCAUGUUCAGACUCUACCUGGCCACCUGGUGCUCUGGUCCCUCCUGUCCACCGUCGCCACCAUCUGGCUCCUCAAAACCCUUCUCUCUGGGGCCCUGGGGGGCCGAAAGGCUAGACCCACCACAGCCGAACCCAAGGCCAAAAAGGCUAAGGACCAGCCAGCAGAGAAAAGAGGCUCGGCCUCCAGUCUCAAAGCAGAGAGGGAGAACUUUGAGGAGAGGAAACAGGAUGCUGACAGGAGCUUUAAGAAGAGGAAGUGA